AUUCUAUCCAAUCGUCAAAGUUCGCUGGCACCGAGAGUUCAAACCCUAACAUAUAUACACAAAAUAUAGUCGACAGGCUAAUCCAUUUUGGUUGGACCCUGCAGGUAUAUUCAAACCCUGAUAUAUAUACACACAAAAUAUAUUCCCAAUUGAGUCCACCCCGGUUGGCCCCCGCCGGCAUGUACAAACCCUUUGAUAUAUAAAUAAGAAAUGUAUUCAGAAUCGAUUGAUUGCAGAGCGGGUGAAAUUCCUCCUUUGUUAAAGGGAAAGUGUGUGCAGAUCAGUUGAUUAAAGAGCAGUAUAAAUUCUUCUUAGUUUAAAGGAAAAGUCGUACAAACUUUCUGCAGAAUCUAUGAAAUUUAAUGCACAGGAAUUUGUUGUUGUUAGAUGAGAGGAGCUCAAGAUUUGUCAUGGUGAGGUGCAGGAAGAAGAUGCAGAAAUUGCAAUUUACUACAAAAAACUGUUUCAGCAGAUCUCUAGUUCCGCUCUUAUUUUUAUGCUUUGUAACUCCAUUGUUAAUAAUUCAUUUAACGCCGUCUCUACCGAUUGAUUCGUUAAAUCCCGCAUCAGAGCCGAGUUGUGAGAAACCUGGGCCGGUCUUUGCAGUUGAAAACUCAGGCUUUUGCAUUGGGGCGUGCACAUCCGAGUGUUUUCCUCGCGUUAAGAACCUUUGCAUUUCUCGUUCUCAGGUGGCUUACUGUAAGAUGGUGGAAGAAAAGGAAGAGAUUGCAUCAACACAAUUAAUGCAUCCACAUGCAGAUGAAAAUGACUCCCUUCAACCUAAAAAUUCUAGAAUGCCAAGUAUCAUGCGUUUUCAUGGAGAAACUUUGACCGUACCUGUAGAAAAUUCUUGUAAUCAAGAAAAAAAGGGAAUUCCUGGCUUAUCUUUGGUAGCAGAUCAACGAUAUCUUCCAUCCCGUAAGCCAAAUCCUCAUCAUGAAGCAGAAAAAAUCAUCCCAGCUCUUUUAUUUACACAAAGUCAACAAGAACACAAUCACACUUUUUAUUGGUUCUCCUCUCCAAGUGAAGUCUCUGAGUGGGGAAAGGGUUUCUUAAAAGCCUUUAACAUGGAUAAAAAAGUAAAGUACACGAAAUUCCCUGAUGGGAAAAACAGUAGUAUUUGCUUUGACGAUGCCAUAGUUUUCUCCGCUGGAACGACCCUCUACUAUGUACCUGACCAAGACACAAAUGACUGGCUACGACAAAAUGUACUGCAAUACUGCUCCAUACCAAUUGUUAAUGCAUCUUGGCCCCCCAAAAAGGUGGCGAUAUUAGAUCGAAUUAGUGGUUCACGUCGACUUCAAAAUAAAGAUAUGGUUGCACAAGUGUUGUUCCAGAAGCUAGGAAUACAUGCAAGGCAAGGCUACAGUGGCAAUGGCUCAUUUUGUGAUCAGGUCCGUGAAGUUGCAGAAGAGGACCUUGUAAUUGUCCCUCACGGUUCUCAAAAUGUCAAUCUUCUUUUUGCUCGUAAAGGGGCUGUUGUGAUCGAGAUUUUCCCUUAUUUAUAUUACACUUCUGCUUUGAAGAACUACACACAUGCAGCACAGUUGCAUGUCUAUUCACUUCUUGGAGAUAUGCCAAAUGAUAGCUUCUUCAUGCGUCCUCUAUCUUUAUUGGGAUGGGAUUCUUGCUUUAAGAUACGAUGGUGCAAAAACUAUGCUCGUAAACAUUUUGUUCUUGCUGAUAUUGAAGUGCUUAAGAAGUUAUUGGGUCACAUCGAAAAGGAUAGUUUAGGGUGGAGAACUUAAUUUUUUGUGUAAAUAUUUGGUGUUAAUCAAUUAAAUCGUUUCUGCCAUCUUUCCAUCACUAA